AUGGAUGCCAAGGACCCGGGAAUCAGAAUCGACAAAACUGGCAGAGCACACAGUCGGCUCCACCCCAAAAUUCUAGUAAUCAGAUGGAAUGUUUCAGCUGUGGCCAAUCAGGCCAUUGGAAAAACGAAUGCCCAUAUUUGGCUGAGCAAACAGCACCGUACACUGAUACGACACAACAAUAGAAUUCUACUUGGACACCAUCCAAUCGGCAGCAACCUCAAUGAAGGUUCCCUGAACAGAAGCAACAGCAAUUGUGUCCUUUCAUUCCCAUGGAUCAGAAUGGACCGCACUUACCACGAGUGCCUCAAUACUCUGACAAAUGAGGCUAUCACUGGUAUUGCCCCUGUUAUUUCUGCAUUAGAACAACAAGGGAUCAUAGUACCUACCAUAAGUCCAUGUAAUACCCCAAUAUUGCCGGUGAAGAAACCCGGAAAACAAGUUUAUAGAUUUGUUCAAGACUUGCGGGAAGUUAAUAAAGCUGUUUUACCCAUCUUCCCAAUUGUACCAAACCCAGCUACUAUCCUAAACUGUAUCCCACCUAACGCACAAUGUUUCACGGUGAUAGAUAUCUCAUCAGCUUUUUUCUCUAUUCCAGUACAUCCUGAUAGUCAGUAUUUAUUUGCAUUUACAUAUAAGGGCCAACAGUAUACUUGGACUCGAUUGCCCCAAGGAUAUGUAGAAUCCCCAACCUUAUUCUCUAGAGAGAUGCAUAGACAGUUACAGGAUCUCCGACUACAGUCACGUUCUGUUCUAGUUCAAUAUGUGGAUGAUAUCCUGACAGCUUCACCGGACUGUGACUCAUGUAGGGAAGAUUCCCUUUUGAUGUUAAAUUUUUUAGCUGCACGCGGAUUCAAAAAUCGCAUAAUUUCUAUUCAAAAAGCCCCACGACCUGUAACACAAAGACAACUUUGAGGAUUCCUAGGCCUAGCAGGAUAUUGUAGACAAUGGGUACCUAAUUUUUCAGAACUUUCAGCUCCACUAUUACAACUUUUAAAGAAAGAAAUCACAGAUCCUUUACCUUGGAUGUCACACCACGAGGACGCUUUUCAGGCUAUAAAGACAGCCUUAGUAAAUCCUCCAGCACUAGGAUUGCCUGAUUAUUCAAAACCAUUUAUUUUCUUUUGCUGUGAACGAAACAAAACUGCCUUGGGUCUCUUGGCCCAGCAACGCACUGGAGGCUACCAGCCUAUUGCUUAUUAUAGCACUCAACUAGAUCCGGUUGCCUCUGGUUACCCAGCUUGCUUGUGAGCAGUGGCAGCUGCUGCGAUUGAUAUGGCAGCCCCACUGACUCUGGGACACCAAACAAUUUUAGCAGUCCCACAUGCAGUUCAGGCAUUACUUUUAAAAAACAAAACACUGUAUCUCUCCAACGCACGUCUUACUAAAUACGAAUUGAGUUUAAUAAAUAAUCCCUCCCUGCAAGUAAUACGCUGCCCACCACUGAACCCUGCCUCUUUAAUACCGACAUUGGAUGAGUGCGAACCACAUGAUUGUGUGCUUGUAGUUAACUCUGCUCUUUCUCCUAGGUUACAUUUGUAUGAUACUCCUUUGGAGAAUCCAGAUUUGAUUCUUUUUGUUGAAGGAUCCUGUUUACGAACAAACUCCGGAGAAUUCCAAGCAGCUUGGUCAGUCUGUACACCGACUGAAGUUUUAAAAUCAGCACGAUUACCCCAAGGAACUUCUGCACAGGCUGCAGAACUGGUAGUCCUAUCGCAUGCAUGCAAAAUAGCUAAGGACAAAUCUGUCACUAUAUAUACUGACUCCCGCUAUGCCCAUGGGGUUGUUCAUGAUUUUGGUAUCCUAUGGAAAGAACGCAGAUUUUUAACUUCCUCUGGGUCUCUCAUUAAAAAUAAUUUUUAUAUAAAUAACCUAUUACAACAUUUAUUGUUACCAUCUCAAAUUGCUGUUGUAAAAUGUGCAGCCCAUCAAUCCAAUGACUCUUUUGAAACCAAAGGCAAUAACUUUGCUGACUGGGCUGCAAAACAGGCUGCUCUUUCACAAACUGUUCAGGGACAAUUUUUGCAGCCUCUACAGUCAAUAGCUACUUUUGAUACUACAGUGUUAAAAGCAUUACAAACUGAAGCUCCAGAAUCAAAAAGAAAAUCAUGGCUGGCUCAAGGUUGUUUUAAACGCUCUGAUCUCAUUUGGCAACAUUCAGAUGGCAGACUGGUCUGCCCAAAGUCCAUGCUAAAUUCUCUUAUUAAAGCACAUCACUUGCCAGCUCUUGUUGGGUUUCAUCAUCGGCAGGUAGCAGCAGCUCAGCAAACUCCUGAUCCUUUCUUGUCCUCGGCACUACAACCAGGAGACUGGGUAUAUGUCAAGUCAUUUUCUCAAAAAACAGCUCUUCAACCACGCUGGAAGGGUCCAUUCCUGGUUCUACUGACCACUUCUUCAGCAGUUCGGCUACAAGGCUCACCCACCUGGAUUCAUAUAUCACAUGUCAAGAAGGUAAUUCCUUCUGAAGAUCAGCAACCUAUACCUUUUGUUACUCCAGAUUCUCCACCUAUUGCUACUCACACUCGCAGUUGUACUGUACCAGUGCCUGAAAAUGACUGA